AACCCCUUAAAAAAAGGGAGGGUGAGGAAGAAGCGACGUCACGCAAGCGCAGAAUUCUUGAACUGAACAGCCUUCCUUCGCCUAGUGAAUAUUCGAGACCAGGAAUCAAAUCAUGUGCGAAUAUUGACCUUAUCUACCAUCACCGCCCACAAGGGCGCUCCGACAUUCCAAUCCAGUUCUACCAUGAAAUCUUCGAGGAGUUUCUCGCUCUGUUAAAUGCGCAGGAUACAGAUAAUGAGGUUGUGAGAUAUAAAGCGUUAGUUGAGCAACUGGUUCCUCCUCUUUCGGAGUUCCUGGACAAUGAGCAUCAACGAAUGGAACUGAUAAGAAAUUUUUUCAGCUUUCUUGGCAUACACCUGCAUCCCCUUGGUCUAUACAACAUGGCGACAGAUGGUACCAUCUUGAAGAGUACUUCUUCGAAAGGGAGCUUUAUGUUGUGUAAUUUUGAAGGAAAAACUGAUUUCGGCACAGGAAGUUGUGCAUACUUUCAGAACGCAUGUUACUAUGCCAAAUAUCUUGGAGACCUGUUGAAAGGUCGUGAGGACAUGUGUUCACACGCAUGUUUUCCUUCUUUCCUUGUAAUUUUGGAAGGAAUGAAUAUAUCUGUUUGUGGUGGUAUUCUUUCUGAAUACCCUUGCAUUGACAAACUGACUGCUGUUAUCCCACUUGACAGAGCAGGCUAUGAUUACAAUACAGCUGUGGAAGCUGCCCGCAUGUUUCAAGCUCUCAAAGUCUGCCUGGACAAUCUGGAUAAAUAUUAUGAUAAAGUCAUCUCAGAUGAGACAAUCAUGCCAAGGAUCUCAAAUG